UUGUCAUGUACCGGAAAUACUCAGGGUGACAUUUAGAACAGGAAGAAAACGAAGGCAUGGCUGCGCAUAUGUCCUCCUGAAUACAGUUCUUUUAUAUAUAUGUGUGUGUAAUAUAUGAAGUUAUAUAUAUAAGUGUGUAGUGUACAGAGCAGGAUGGCGGCGUGGAGCUGUCGGUUUCUUCUUCUGCGGGGAAGUCGAGUCAUUUCUCUCCGAGCAGCAGCUGAAAGUUACACAGCAUAAUAACUGAUGAAAGACUCCACAGUGCCUUUAACAGUACAGCAACAACCCUGUCCAGUCACUGGGUUGUAUUAGGACAGUAAAGACCACAACAUGGUUUGAAGAACACCUCACAGACGAGAACCAGGAGUACAUGAGGAAGAGCAUCGCAGAGGAAUACCGAAGACAGACAGCUGAAAAGCUCAACCCACUCAAAGACGAACCCUGGCCGCGAAAUGAGUGGACAGAGGGAAGUCGAAGAGUCGGGUUAGUAGCUGUGAAGUUGGGGAUGGCUCCCGUCUGGACAAAAACAGGAGAAAGACAUGUAGUCACGAUGCUGCAGGUUCAGGACUGCCAUGUAAUAAAGCACCUGUCUAAAGAAGAAUAUGAUGGACACACUGCCGCUCUUAUCGUUGGAGGAAAAAACAUAUCACCAUUCCAUAGGUCUGAAAAGGAAAUGGAGAUGUUCAGAAAUGCAGGAGUGCCUCCAAAACAGAAAGUCACCACCUUUAAAGUCUCAGACAAUGCCCUCAUCAAGCCAGGCACUCCUCUGUAUGCAGCACAUUUCCGUCCAGGCCAAUAUGUGGACGUCACAGCCAAAUCCAUUGGCAAAGGUUUUCAAGGUGUAAUGAAGCGAUGGGGGUUUAAAGGCCAGCCAGCCAGCCACGGCCAAACCAAAACUCAUCGUAGACCAGGAGCUUCUGGACCUGGAGGAGAUCCAGCCAAAGUUUUCAAAGGGAAGAAGAUGCCCGGUAGAAUGGGCAACACCGACAUCACUGCUUACGGACUGAAGAUAUGGAGGGUCAAUACAAAGUAUAAUGUGCUGUAUGUUAACGGCUCUGUCCCCGGCCACAAGAACUGCUUACUGAAGGUGAGGGACACUACGCUGCCGACUAGGAGCUCCACCCUGCUCAGCCCUCCUUUCCCCACCUACUUCACAGAAGAGGAUGGCGACCUUGAUGAAGACCUUUACGAUGACAACCUGUUCGUUCACACAGAGCCAUCGUUAACCCUCACCUGACUACACAACACACACACACACACACACACACACACACACACGUCACAUUUACACCUAAACCUGCAAACUGUACCUGGAUCCUGUAAUAAAGCGUAAUUCCUCAAAACA